AUGGCGAAGGGCCAGAAGUUCGAGUACCCGGAGAUGAUGACGGACGACGAGAUCGCAAGGCUCGGCGUCCUCGUCUCGGAGGUUGCCGUACAACUGCGGGAGGCUGGCUGCGGCUUCUGCCGGUGGCCGGUGGACGUGCUCUUCGAUAGGCUCGGCAAGAUGUACCUCCACACUGGCUGGGAGAAGUUCGCGCGCUUCCACGGACUCCAAGUCGGCUGCGUGCUCACAUUCUCCUACCAAGACGACGAGAAGAUGAGCGUGAAGGUGUUCGACGACACGUCCUGCCGCCGGCACUACCACGGCGACGACGAAGAGAACGACGAUUGA